ACGCUAAGCAAUCGACGAGCGCGCAUUGCAGUAGAUAUUUUGGUUUAGUUUAAUGUCAGUAAAACCAUUUAAGCAGCCCGAUAUGAAGCGCCUGAAGGAUGACGAUAAGGAUGAUGCUGCUGCGAACCAUGCUGAUGUUGCGAACAGCAACAACAACAAUAUCAAAACGAAGAAUACCACUGCACUGAGCAUCAGCAGCACCAGCAACACGAACAGGAACAGCAACGAUGCAAACAAUGUCAACAACGGCGGCACCACAACGGCGGGCAUUGUGCGCACCACGGGUCGUGUCAAGAAACCGAAACAAGUUUACGAUCCGUCCGACAAUUACAUAUCGCGCGGACCUCGCAGCUCUUUAACGGCACCAACGGCGUCACAAACGCAGCCACAGCCUGCGUCACCAUCACAAAAUGGUAGCGGCAGCCAGCAGCAGAAGCAGCAAUCGCCGCAGCCACCGCAGGAUGCACAACCAGAAAAGUCAAAUGCAAUCAUUCAAGAGGAACCGAUUGAUGAUGAUGUGCCAGUGCCAAGCUUGGAUCAGCGGCGCUACAUUGACACAUGCAUGACGUGCGGCAAGUGCGAGCCAAGGCGUGGCUCUGGCUAUCGAAGCAACUUUCUUGCCUGCAAGACGUGCGCUCUGAAAUGGCACUUUGAAUGUUUGCCAAUGAAGUUUGGAAUUCUGACGAAUGCACGCAAGAGAUACAAGUGUGAUGCAUGUCGACGCUGUCGCGUUUGCAAUACGAAGAGUGCAACUGAGGAGCAGCUGGUUAUGUGCUGUGCCUGCGUAAAUGUAUAUCACUUGGAUUGCCAUUGGCCGCGAGUAAUGCCGGCCAAGAUGGAUGAUAUGCAAUGGAAAUGUAAUAGCUGUGAUCACACCUAUAAUCCGAGAGAAUCGGAGGACACUGCUGCCAAACUUGAGACACAGCUGGCGCCUCGUAAAUCCAAAGCUGGUCGCAAGAAGCGGGUCAUUUCCGAUCUAGCUGCAACUGGCAUUGUCAACAAACCGUUGCCAAAUGACAAGCGAGUGCUGACUGAGAGUGGCGACGACGACGACAACGACGAGGAAGACGGGGAUUACAUUCCUGCCACCAAGUCAACCAAAAUUGUAUCCAACGUCUCAGAGAGCGCAGCGACAAUCAAGAAGAAUAGGUUGCCAACGAGUGAGAAGCGGCCAAUGAAUGCGAUUAAGAACGAAAAAAACAAAGCCAGCGAUGAUUGCGCCCUAUCACCAGAGUUAAACAUUGGGCCAGUUCCUGCUCUACAUGCACCAGAGGCUUCUGCUGCUACUCCUGCUUCUGCUCCUGCUCCUGCUUCGCUAAGCUCAACUGAGGACAAAGAGAAUGGUGGGAAUAGGCAGGUGAUUGCAACAGGUACGGCCAUGAGCGCCAAAGAGAAGGGCGUCUUCACGUGGAGCGUCAAAGAAGUUUAUGACUUUGUUGAGAAGCAUUGUCCACAGCACGCAGAUAUCUUCAUGCAACAGGAAAUUGAUGGCGCUGCAUUAAUGGUACUGUCACGUGCCGACAUCAUUGAUCUCUUCGGUCUGAAGCUUGGCAAAGCCCUGCACGUGUACGACAUAGUCAUCGGCUUGCAGAAUUCUAGCAACGAUGUCACCCUCGGCUGGUGUGAUUAGGUUAUAUAUUUUUUUUGUCAUUGCUCGUUAAGGCUCAUUGGAACCAUUGAAGAUCUACAAAAUGAUCCCUUCAAUCGUUAGUAAGAGCCAAUCAAGACCUACAAUUUGAUGUUAUCAUUAUAUAUGCAUGUUUUUCUAUUGAAAAUCAAAUGUUUGAAUUAGAAAAAUUAAAAAACACAACGCAACGUGAUUGGAUUGGGUAUCUUGAGCUAUGGAACUAAUAAAUGAUAUAAUGAUGAUGAUUUUUGGGCCACU